AUGGCAGCUAGCAAAUCAAGUGACGCAAAAAAAGUUCAUCCAGCAUCUGGGAUCUCCACAAAAGCAGCUGCAGAUCGACGAAUGAACAUGCAGAGAAUGCAAAAUGUCCUCCUUAUUUGGUUGGACAACAAUAUCAAUGAAAAUAAUGCUGAUUGUAAUAAUACAAUCAAACAAUUAAAACGUGUAGUUAACAACAUAAACACGUUUACAGAUAGUGAGCAGUGUAUUGAAUUUAUUCGAACAAUUAACAACAACAAAGUAUGUAUGGUUGUUUCUGGUUCACUUGGAAAACAUAUUGUGCCUCAUGUGCAUGAUAUGUCUCAAGUAGACACCAUUUUUAUUUUUUGUAACAAUCAACAAUGGCAUAAACAAUGGGCCAAAGAAUGGCCUAAAAUAAAAGGAGUCUUCACAGACAUAACAUCAAUCUGUGAAGCACUUAAACAAGCUUCUCUCCAAUGUGAACAAAAUGCCACAUCAAUCAGCUUUGUAGCAUCAAACAAGAAACUGGAUCAAUUAGAUCCGUCCUUUAUGUAUACUCAGAUCUUGAAAGAGAUCUUAUUAACCAUCAACUUCGAAGUCAAACAUUUCAGAGAAUUUAUUACUUAUUGUCGUGAAGUAUAUGCAGAUGAUGAAAAUGAAUCAAAAAAUGUUAAUCAACUACAAACAACAUACAAAAACAACAUACCCAUAUGGUGGUAUACAUGGGAUGCAUUUUUAUAUCGUAUGCUCAAUCAAGCAUUAAGAUUAAUGGAUGUUGAUAUGAUUAUUCGAAUGGGUUUCUUUAUUAGUGAUCUUCAUCGUGAUAUUCAACGACUCCAUUCUGAACAAUUCGGUGGCCAUCAAUCAGGUACAACAUUUACAGUUUAUCGCGGACAAGGGCUUCCGAAAGAAGAUUUCACUGAAAUGACAAAAACUAAAGGUGGACUUCUUUCAUUUAAUAACUUUUUAUCAACUAGUAAAAAUCGUAGUGUUUCUCUCGGUUUCGCCCAACAAGCUGCUACGAAUGCUGAUCUUGUUGGAAUACUAUUUGUUAUGUCCAUUAAUCCUACUCAUUCAACUACUCCAUUUGCUUCUAUUACAGAUGUUAGUUAUUUUCAUACAGAAGAUGAAGUUCUCUUUUCUAUGCAUACUAUUUUUCGUAUUGGAGAUAUUAAACCAAUGGAUGGGAAUAAUGAUCUCUAUGAAGUGAAUUUAAUAUUGACUAAUGACAACGACCAAGAUCUUCGUACUCUUACUGAUCGUAUCAGGCAAGAGACCUUUCCAGAUUCGACAGGAUGGUACAGAUUAGGUGAAUUGCUAAAGAAAAUGGGUCAGUCUAACAAGGCUCAAGAAAUUUAUGAAGUUUUACUUCAUCAAACAACGGAUGAAAGUGUAAAGGCACCUAUUUAUAAUCAACUAGGUCAGAUCAAAGAUAGUCAAGGAGAAUAUCCAGAAGCAUUUACAUAUUAUGAAAAAUCACUUGCUAUCUAUGAAAAAACACUUCCUUCCAAUCAUCCUGAUUUGGGUGCUUCCUAUAACAACAUCGGUUUGGUGUAUUACAAUAUGGGUGAUUAUCCAAAAGCACUUUCUUAUCACGAAAAAGCCCUUACAAUUCAACAACAAUCACUUCCUUCUAAUCAUGCUACUUUGGGUGCUUCCUAUAACAACAUCGGUUUGGUAUAUUACAACAUGGGUGAUUAUCCAAAAGCACUUUCAUCGCAUGAAAAAGCCCUUGCAAUCAAACAACAAUCACUUCCUUCCAAUCAUUCUAGUUUGGGCGAUUCCUAUAACAACAUCGGUAUGGUGUAUGAUAGCAUGCAUGAUUAUCCAAAAUCACUUUCUUAUUAUGAAGAAGCCCUUUCAAUUCGACAAAAGUCACUUCCUUCCAAUCACCCUGAUUUGGGUGAUUCCUAUAAUAACAUAGGUAUGUUGUAUGAAGAUAUGGGCAACUAUUCAAAAGCUCAUUCAUUUUAUGAACGUGCUGUACAAAUUGGACAACAAUCAUUACCAACAAAUGAUCCUAGACUUCAAAACUGGAGAAUAAAUCUCGAACUCAUAAAAAACAAAUUAUAA